CCGAAACGAGACUGACAGCCCAAUCAGUUACUGAGAUCGGCGUCGCUUCUGAACUUCCAUCAUUAAUCGCUGAAGCACUUUUUGCCUUCUAGUUUCCACAAAUUUUGGUGCUUUAGCUCCAGCUCCAGUUGUUCUUGAAAUGUGUAGUGGGAGCUCUAUGGCUGUGGUGGCUUCUGCUCCAGGGAAGGUGUUGAUGACCGGGGGUUAUCUCAUAUUAGAGAGACCAAACUCGGGGCUUGUACUCAGUACAAAUGCCCGGUUUUAUGCAAUCGUGAAACCACUUUAUGAGGAAAUAAAACCCGAUAGCUGGGCGUGGGCAUGGACAGAUGUGAAAUUAACAUCUCCUCAGCUGUCCAGAGAAGGCAUGUACAAAUUUGCUCUCAAAAGUCUUCAAAUUCAAUGUGUUUCUUCAAGUGAAACAAGGAAUCCUUUUGUGGAGAAUGCUGUGCAAUAUUCUUUGGCUGCUGCGCGUGCAACAUUUGACAAGAAUAAGAUCGAGUCAUUGCAUAAGCUACUUUUGCUAGGUCUUGAUAUUACAAUUUUGGGUGGUAAUGAUUUCUAUUCAUACAGGAACCUGAUUGAAAGAUACGGACUUCCUUUGACGUCAGAAUCAUUGGCCACCCUUCCACCAUUUUCCUCAAUAACCUUGAAUAUUGAGGAUGCUAGUGGAGCAAGCUGCAGACCUGAAGUAGCCAAAACUGGAUUGGGCUCGUCUGCAGCAAUGACAACUGCUGUGGUUUCUGCUUUACUUCAUUACUUUGGAGUUGUAAGGCUCUCCUUAUCCAACGAUCCUCAGGAAAGGAAGAAUAUUGAAGAUCUUGAUGUGGUGCAUAAAAUAGCUCAAACUGCUCAUUGUAUUGCACAAGGAAAAGUAGGCAGCGGGUUUGAUGUUAGCUCAGCUGUCUAUGGCAGUCAACGCUAUGUGCGGUUUUCACCAGAAGUGAUCUCUUAUGCUCAGGUUUCAGCAAAUGCGGGGUUUCUAUUGGAGGCUAUCACUAAUGUUUUGAAAGGAAAAUGGGACCAUGAGAGGACUGAGUUUUCAUUACCUCCCUUGAUGACUCUUUUACUAGGAGAACCAGGAACUGGUGGUUCAUCCACACCAUCGAUGGUAGGUUCUGUCAAAAAAUGGCAAAAGUCAGACCCUCAUAAAUCUCAGGAAAUGUGGAGAAGGCUGUCAGAAGCAAAUUCAGCUCUGGAAAUGCAACUGAAAUUGUUAAGCGGACUAGCAAAGGAACAAUGGGAUGCAUAUAAAUAUGUAAUUGAUAGCUGCAGCAUGCUUAGAUCAGACAAGUGGAUUGAGCAAGCUUCUGAACCUAACAAAGAAGCAGUUAUUAAAGCACUGCUAGGAGCAAAAGAUGCGAUGCUUCAAAUUAGAUAUCAUAUGCGCACAGUGGGUGAGGCCGCUGGUGUUCCUAUUGAACCAGAAUCACAGACACGACUUCUUGACGCUACUAUGAACUUGGAAGGGGUUUUGCUGGCAGGAGUUCCAGGAGCAGGAGGAUUUGAUGCAGUCUUCGCUGUCACCUUAGGAGGUUCAAGCACAAACGUAUCAAAAGUUUGGGGUUCACUCGAUGUGCUUGCAUUGCUUGUUACAGAAGAUCCUCGUGGAGUUUCUAUAGAGAAUGCUGACCCACGAACCAAUGAAAUCACAUCAGCUGUGUCGGCAAUCCAUAUUGAAUAAGCUGAUUGCCAUGAAUUAAAAUAUCGCAAAUGACCGCAAAAUAUUUGCAAGGAAUGUGUUCUAGAAUAGGUGAAUUAAUUUCUUUUGCGUAUGAGGAAAAAGAUGACCGGAUAAUAAGAUUGAUAUCCGUUGUAUUCUUGAAAAAUGUACAAUGUGAAAAGGAACCCUUCAUUUAA